AUGUUUUAUGACCAUGAAGCCCGUAGGGAAAUCAACAAAAUUAAGCUAUACAUUGUUGCACCUAUCUUGUUGAAUGAAGCACCAAAUGAGGAUAUCUUAGGUAAUGAUGUGGGUUGGGGUGUAGGGUGGGAUGAAUCAGACCCCAUUGCUCCUGUGUCAAGCCCAUAUGGCCCUAAUGAUGAGUUGAUAAGCUUGAAUGGAUCUGAUGAUGAAGUUCUUGAUACUGAAUCUAUUUACCAAGAAUACAUUCCUUCAAGGGAUUCAGGAGAAAAUGAACUAGAAAUAGAUAUGAAAUUUGGCUCUGUUGGAGAUUUUAGGUUGGCCCUUAGAGAGACAGCAUUGAGGGGUAAGUUUGAUAUAAAGUUCACAAAGAAUGAUGGAGAUAAGGUAAGUGCAGUAUGUAAGGCUGAAAGUGGUUGGAGAAUAUAUGCAAGUAAAACAGAAGGUGAUGAUUGUUUGAUAGUUAAGACAUAUGUGCAAGAUCACGCAAACUGUCUUUGGUUUCAUAGCAAUGCACAAGCCUCAUCAUCCUUUAUUGUAAACAAAUACUUAGAACAACUAAGAUUGAACCCAAAGAUGCCUUUGAGUACACUUAAGAGCACUAUUGCUUCUGAUUUGGACAUUGAUGUGUCCAAACACAAAGUGUAUAGGGCUAAGAAGAAAGCAUUAGAGAUCAUUGAAGGAAAUGAAGAAGAGCACCAUGAAAAAAUAAGAGAUUACUGCAGUUUAAUCUUGAGAAGUAACCCUGGCAGUAUUGUUAAAUUGCAAACUGAGCCCGCUGGUGUUAAGAAUGAGAGAAGGUUCAUGAGAGUGUUUAUCUGUUAUGAUACAAUGAAAACUAGUUUUAAAGAAGGUUGUAGGCCUCUCAUUGGUGUGGAUGGUUGCUUCCUAAAGGGACCAUAUGGUGGCCAUCUUUUGAGUGCAGUGGCCAAUAAUGGAAAUGGAUAG